GACGCAAGCUCCAGUCUUGCUUGUUUCUCGGCCACACGAUGUCCUUUUGGGUCGAUUGCAUUGGUGAAAGAUACACAAAUGAUUGUACUGGAAACAUCGUCGUACAUUCAGAUACUUCGCAUUUCAUCAAGUAUUGACACUGCGAGUAUAAAGAUCAAGUACUCAGUAAGCGGACUCCUCAUCGCCACUACCACACCAUUGUCUCCUUCAGCUUCAGAUGAUCAAAUCGGACAACAGGUCAAUGACACGUUGUAUACUUUGACUGGGAUUUUAGUUGGGGGCGCGAGAUCAAGUACAAGCAAUGACGGAUCGGAGUGGGCACUUGAGAUCAUUUACCACCACGUUUUCCUGCCAAAGUUCACAAUGGAAGCAGUGGUAAUUGACAAUUCUCUCAAAGCAGGCAACAUAAAACAAGUUGUAAUGGAAGGCGGGUCUACUCAG